AUGUUCUCUGUGUGUUACGUGACGACGCCUUCGAUGGAGGUGGCACGCGAGCUGUCGAAGCAGCUGGUCAUGGGCAAGAAGGCGGCAUGCGUGAACAUCAUCCCCGUCAUUCAAUCCGUCUAUCAGUGGGAGGGCCGCCUGCAGGAGGAGAGCGAGUGCCUCAUGAUGAUAAAAACACGGGCUUCACUUAUCGAGGAGGUGGUUGCGGACGUGAAGCGACAUCACCCGUACGACGUCCCGGAGAUCAUCAGCGUGCCAAUGGGGCCCGGCAGCGAGGAUUACCUCAAGUGGGUUGCGGACAGCACGACGCCGAGUGAACACUCGCGGU